AUGUCCGACUUGGAAAACGGUCACUACGCAGACGCAGAGAAGAAGACUACUGGCGGAGCUGGCGGUAUCGCUGGAGGUCAUAAAGUCACUGUCGAUCAAGCUCAAGACGUUUACUAUGAUCCCUCAAAGGAGAAAUUCCUCACUCGGUUGGGAUUCAAUCUUGAGAGUUUCAAGAGAGCACCGGGUACUACUCGAGGUCUGGUCUCUCAUGGAGACAUACCUCCAGAGUUUAUGCAACAUGAUAACCCUCUAUUGCAACAAAAGAUGAAAAAUCGUCAUCUUCAGAUGAUCGCUGUCGGUGGAUCAAUCGGUACCGGUUUAUUCGUUGGAUCAGGUUCUGCUUUAGGUAAUGGUGGACCCGCCGGUAUAUUGCUUGCAUGGAUUAUCAUGGGUGUGAUGUUGAUCAACGUCACCCAAGCAUUGGGCGAAAUGGCCAUCCUCUAUCCUGUAUCCGGUGGAUUCUACACCCUUGCAUCCCGUAUGCUUGAUGAAAGUUUUGCAUUCAGUAUGGGUUGGAACUAUGUACUCCAAUGGGCAGUAGUGCUGCCUCUUGAAAUUACCGUCGCAGGAUCUACUGUGCAAUAUUGGACCGACGCUGUUCCGUUAGCUGCUUGGAUCACAAUCUUCAUGCUUCUCAUCAUUCUUGUGUCUGCAUUCGGUACUCUGGGAUACGCAGAAGAAGAGUUUUGGUCGUCUUGCUUGAAGUUAGUCGUUGUUGUGAUCUACAUCAUAAUUGCAAUCGUCUGUGUGUGUGGUGGAGGUCCUGCAGGUGGUGAUUUCGACCAUUACAUCGGCGCUUCUCUUUGGCAUGAGGCCCCUGGUGCUUUCCCUAAUGGGUUCAAAGGAGUCUGCGCUGUAUUCGUUACCGCUGCCUUCUCUUUCGCGGGUACUGAGCUCGUUGGUCUUGCUGCAACCGAAACCCCUAACCCUCGAAAGACCAUGCCUUCUGCCGUCAAAAACACCUUCUGGCGUAUAACAUUGAUAUACAUUACAUCACUCACUUUGGUCGGUCUCACAAUUCGAUCGGACGACGAUAGUCUGUACAAUGGUAGUGGUUCGGACAUUUCACCCUUUGUCAUCCUCAUGGACCGAGCUCGAAUCAAGGGAAUGAACCAUAUUAUCAACCUCACCAUCUGUAUCUCAGUCUUAUCGAUCGGUCUCUCCUGUGUGUACGCUGGUUCACGAACAUUGACCGCUCUUGCCGAAACUGGUUACGCACCCCGAAUCUUUACUUAUGUGGACAAAUCGGGUAGACCACUUUGGUCAUUGAUCGCUAUUUUAGCUUUUGCUCCCAUUGCUUAUAUCAACUGUGCCGAUGUUGGCAGUCAAGUCUUCGAUUGGCUUGUAGCGCUUUCAGGUCUCUCGACACUCAUCACAUGGCUUUCCAUCUGUGUCACUCACAUCAGAUUCAGAAAAGCUUGGAAGGUGCAAGGUCAUUCUCUUGAAGAGCUGCCAUUUACCGCUCUGGGCGGUGUUUAUGGCUCGUGGCUGGGCGCUACACUCCUCGUCAUCAUCCUCAUUGCUCAAUUCUACAUCGCACUUUUCCCUAUCGGCGGAGUUACCAGUGCUGGCGAAAGAGCUCAAUCAUUCUUCAUCUCCUAUCUCGCUGCACCUAUUAUGAUAGGCUUCUACAUCAUUGGUUACCUAUGGAAACGAAAAACCCCUAGGAAAGCCCAUGAGAUCGAUCUUGAUACCGGAAGAAAAUCAUGGCUCACGGUGGAGGAUAUGCGAGCCUAUCGAGCGGAGAGAGCGAAAGCUCCGUUAUAUAUCCGAGUCUAUAGAACUCUGUUCUCUAGCGCGUAA